UUGUGUAGUGAGUGAAAAAAAUCAAUACCUACCCCCGUGGCUCCAGCGCUGUUCAGAGCAAAAUCUCUAUUAUUAUCUUUGAAUGGUUUUGUUUUUGAUUGAGGCUUUUUAUGAAAUUUAGUCGAUAAAAUAUUGUUUAAUUGUAAUUUCUUUUCGAUAAUUCUCUAUAAUUUAACUCUGUGAAACAAACAAGGUUCACGGUCAUUUUAAAUAUGGAAAAAGUUAACAAAACGUGAUCGUCUGGAGGUUAAAGCAGCGUUUAAAAGAAAUUUCGAAAGUGUUUCAAAAAAUGAGGCAAAAAGAAGUGGAUUCGUGGCUGGAAAGCAGCUCCAGCGUUCUUUUUGUAAAAAAAUAUUAAUAUUCGCGAAAAAAGUAGAAUUCUUUGUGGAGAGUGAUGGAGAAAGAAAAAUUUCGUAAACAUUGCUCGGCCAAAAUUUGUUCACCGAGACAAGGAAAAGGCAGAAAAUCUUAGGAAAUCUACAUUAUACCACGUUGAAAGUUUUAUAUUGAAAUCGUCGAAAAUAUUUCGAGAUUAGUCGAAAAAUCCACCCCGAAGACAAUGGAAAAUCAACAAGAUGACAACACGAUGAGAAGAGGUCAACCUUUGCGAAGGUUUCAGAAUGACUACAACAAAGAUAAUCACAAUCAACCUCACAUUCAAGCACCGAAAUUGGAAAACAUGCAGCAGCAACAACUGUACGUGUCUCCGCGUGCGAGUGUACGAAUUGCUUGUUAUUUGAUGUCGGGUGUACUCAUGACUAUGGAAGUCGAGAGAAGUACAACCUCACAACAAAUAUUGAAUAUCGUACAAUGCGAAAGUGAGCUGGGCCUUUCGAGAACGCCUCCGAUAAUCAGUCAACCGGUAUUCGCGUUAUGGCUCUGUUGUUCCCAAUUGGAAGUGCAGUUGCGACCGGAUCAUCGACCCCUGGAGUUGGCAGCGAAGUGGUCAGGCCUCGUCAAGAAAUAUGGCUCCCAAGAUGGUCCGGACGACGAAGAACCAUUGUUGUAUUUUAGAAGAAAUGUUUUUCUGUCACGACGCGAGGAAGAGCAAGUGAAGGACCCCAAAACUCUCGAGUUACUUUAUGCUGAGGCGAGGCACAACGUGCUCGAAGGCAGAUAUCCAUGCGAGGGGCAAGCACGUUAUGCGAGCUUAGGGGCGCUACAGGCUCGAAUAGAAUUGGGACCUUACAAUCCACAAACUCACACGUUAGCCUACUUUCGAAAACAUCGAGCCAGAUUUUUGCCUCAUCAUUACAAUUCACCUAGUUUGCUGCUCGGUCUGGGUCUUGGUCUGGGCCUUGUCGGUGGCAAAGGUGCACCGGAAGCGAGACUUCUCGAACAGUACAAACGGAUACCCAAUCACUCGGGGACUAAUCCGAACACGCGAAAACUUGUAAGAAAGUAUAUCGAAUUUUGUUGGGGUCUACCGACCUAUGGAGCAGCUUUUUUUCAAGGCCAGAUCGAGCGACCAGUCCGUGGACUCGCCUCGUGGAUCACUAAUCGAGAUUUAUCGGUACUCAUAGCUAUAAAUACAACGGGUGUUUACAUUGUUGAUGAUAUGCAUUGUAGUCUGUUGUUAGGAUUAAAAUACUGUGAGCUUAGCUGGGAAAUGGCGAAACCAUCGGAUGAAAGGAAUCCCGAUUGUCUGCCUUGCCUGUUUCUCCAAUUUCCGGUUCGUGAAAACGGUGCUCGAGUUUACAAAAUACUUCAAGUCUUUUCCAGACAAGCAAUAAUGAUGGAUACCCUCAUUUCCGGUUUCGCGGAGGAAAGUCGCAACAGUGAAGUUAAUCCCGAACCGACCAAUCAAAAUAAUAAAACUGAAAAUUCCGUUAUUACGAACGUUGGCAGUUGGACUAACAAACUCAGUAAAUUCACUCUCGCAACGUUCGAUGAUCAGGGACGUUGUAUCGGACAAAUGGGCUCUUGGUCCUUUCAAUGAAUCACGAGUAAUUAAGUCGACGAAAAACAAAAAAAUCUUAGGAUUACUUAGGAUUAAAGUGAAUGGUGAUAUCGAGCAAAGGACUGUUCUUGCCCGGAAAUAAGUGUAUUUUCAUUCGAAACGAAACAAUACCUGACUGAUAAAAAAAAAACUUUGGUACAUU